AUGCCUCAAGAUUACUUCCUCCAACGCGUCUUUUCCGCUCUCUUCUCCUUCGCUGGUGAGAAGUUGGACGAGCCUCGAGAAACCACGACGUCGGCCCCACGCUCUUCGACAUCUUCGUAUCGACCGCCAUAUGUGGAAGACGUUCCCGAUGUUGCAUUCUCGGAGGAAUCGAAAGUGGACUCGCUCCCAGCGUUUUAUCCAGCCGUAAUCGUUCCUGCGACCCCAGACCACAAGGACACAUACUGGCAGAUACCUCCUGCACCAUCCGGCAGAAAUUCGAUGGAGGGAUUUGUGCAGAGACCAAGAGCACGAACGGACUCCAGAUCCAAAAAACGUCAUAUCAGCGCAGAGUAUGAUGAAAGGGAGCCUCCAGAAGAGAUGCUGUUUACAUUGGAUGAACUCGACGAACGGAAACGGAACAAGGGCGGUGUUCUCGUAUUCGACUGA